CCGACGGCGGGCUGAGUUGGUUUCUUGGCGAUGGCUGGCUUUGCUUCUACCCAAAGAGGCAGCUAAGGCCAAUUCAGGGGGAGCAUAAAAAAAGCAACGUCGGCCAGCUUGGCUAAAUUUUCGAUCUCGUGUAUGAAACAACUCAAACCACCUCACCAACACUCUUCUCCCAUCUUCAAAUCUUCGGCCGUUUCCUCUCGGAUACACGGAAACCCCUUUUUCACAUCUUGAGGUGUUACAAUUACCAUCUCUUACAUCAUGGUGACUGCGACGGCGAGCAAGCCCUGGCUGGUACAGAAAUACGGCGGCACAAGCUUAGGAAAGCUGUUAGAUACGAUAUGCACUAGUAUCAUCCCUCAGUACGCCGGGGCAAACAACCUCAUCGUUGUCUGCUCGGCCUUCUCGGGGACCCUGAAGGCGAGCGGGACGACGAGCUUGUUGCUGCAAUGCAUAGCAUACGCCGAACUAGGCGUCGACUCCCAAAAGCGGCUGAUAGAAGUAGUCGACUUGAUCAAGGAUACGCACUUGAGCGUGUUAGACGCAUUUGCGAACUCCCCUGCACGGGUAUCUAUCCGUGGGCAGAUCUACGAUGAUACGGCGUCUAGCGUCAAGAAGGAGUGCGAGGGUCUGAAGAGAUUCCUACUGGCCGCGCAGAUCGUCGGAGAAUUAUCACCGCGGUCCAAAGACCGUGUUAUCUCCAUAGGGGAGAAGCUUGCUUCCAUGAUUGUUGCGGCUUGUCUAACAAGCACGGGUACGGCAGCGAGGCCACUUUUUCUCGACGACAUCGUGUCAUCUGCUUUCGGCGGAUCUAUCCAUGACCAGGUGGCUGCUCUCGAGAGGCUAGGCCCAAAAUUCUACCAUGUAUUAUCUGACCAAAUAUGUGGGCGAAUACGGGAGUACGGAAACUCAAUCCCUAUUGUGACUGGUUUCUUUGGCAUAAUGCCGGACUCGUUGCUCCAGACAGUAGGAAGGGGGUACUCCGAUCUUUGCGCGGCUAUGUGCGCUGUGGCGGUGGGAGCCGAGGAACUUCAGAUCUGGAAAGAAGUCGACGGGAUAUUCACAGCAGACCCGAGGAAAGUACCGUCAGCACGAUUGUUAUCGACAGUAACAGACGAAGAGGCCACCGAGUUGACGUACUACGGAAGUGAGGUAAUCCACCCAUUGACGAUGGAUCAAAUCCGGGACGCUUGCAUACCAUUACGUUUGAAAAACGUCUUCAAACCAAUGGGGCAUGGCACUAUUAUCUACCCAUCAACGACCAAUCCCACCCCUAUCAGCCCAGCAAGUACAUCGUCUGAGGAUGAUGAUGGUUCCCAGUCUCCCCGACUGGCCCCUCUACCUAGUUUUAUGCUGAAGAACGGGUACCACGGAGCCGAGCAAGAACGAAGAAAACCGACAGCGGUGACGGUCAAAGAUGACAUUCUCCUCAUCAAUGUUGUCUGCAACCGAAACACCAAGUCCCAGGGUUUCCUGACACAGGUGUUUGACCGUCUCGAACGGAAUAAAAUCCCGGCAGACCUCGUGGCCACGAGUGAGAGACACGUUAGCUUAGCAGUGCAAGCGCCAAAUGAUGCCAGCGCGCUAUUGAGACUUAAGGAGGAGCUCGAACGAUUUGGCCAGGUUGGGAUAUCACCCAACAUGUCCAUCGUGACAGUAGUCGGCCACAAGAUGCGAAACAUGGUCGGCGUAUCCAACGAGAUAUUGUCGGCAUUAGCAUCAGAGAAGAUCAGCAUCUACCUGAUAAGCCAAGGCGCGAGCAAGAUCAACAUAUCACUCGUCGUAGGCGCAGACGACGCCCUCGCGGCAAUGAACGCCAUACAUAGCGAGGUUCUCAAGAUCCCGACGCUCAGGGAGCAGGAAAACCGGUUCAUCCCAGGUAAGACAUUGCCCACCUACAUUUCCGGGUCCCCGCGGCCCGGGAAGAGUUGCCCUUCGUAAGUGCCGAGAGCUGACACAUCCGAGUAGGGCCGUGGCUGUAUUAAAGGGAUCACCUUAGCGGGCGCCUGCGUAUGACAGCUGGACUUUCCUGUGCUACACAGGUGUCAGACAUUGGUUCGAUGUCUGAGAUGGGUGCUGGU